CUGGGGGUCGGAAGGAUGCGCGUUGAAAGGCUUGUCUGCGGACUAGCGUGUUGGGUUCUAGAGAGAGUGGCGAGCGAAUGAGCAAGUUGUCGGAGAAAAGUCGGAGAAAGUUUAGGGGUUAGGUUAAGCGAGAUGGAAAGUGGGGGUGUAGAUAAUUGGAGAAGGAUUUGAGGGGUGGGAACCCAGUCUGUGUUCUUGGGUAAAGAGCCUCAGGGCUGAAACCCCCUUUCAGUUUCGUUGUCUCCAUCUGUCUAGGCGCACGUCUCUGGGGGCAAGUGCUGAGCUGCCUCUUGUGUCUCGUAGAUUCCAGAAUCUUCCGCUCUUGAGCCCGGUGCAGGGAGACCAUGCCGAGACCCAGGAAGAGGCUGCAUGGGACUGCUGGGCAAGACAAGGAGGGACCAGCAGGAAAGCGUGCCAAGGCUAAGAACCCUGGUGAGGCACCAGCUACGGUGGAGAAAUCCAGCCCUGGGGAGACUUCAGCCCUUAAAAAGUGUGGGAACAAUGUGAGCAGCUACUGGCUAAUGAAGUCAGAGCCAGAAAGCCGCCUGGAGAAAGGUGUGGAUGUGAAGUUCAGCAUUGAGGAUCUCCAAGCCCAGCCCAAGCAGACGACAUGCUGGGAUGGUGUUCGCAACUAUCAGGCCCGGAACUUCCUGAGAGCCAUGAAGCUGGGGCAAGAAGCCUUCUUCUACCACAGUAACUGCAAAGAGCCAGGCAUCGCAGGACUUGUGAAGAUUGUGAAGGAGGCUUACCCAGACCACACACAGUUUGAGAAAAGCAACCCCCAUUAUGAUCCAUCUAGCAAAAAAGACAACCCCAAAUGGUCCAUGGUGGAUGUCCAGUUCGUUCGGACGAUGAAGCGUUUCAUUCCCCUGGCUGAGCUCAGGACCCAUCACCAAGCUCACAAAGCCACCGGUGGGCCUUUACAGAACAUGGCGCUCUUCACGCUCCAGAGGCUCUCGGUUCAGCCCCUGACCCGAGGUAAGACGGGCCCUGUCCUUGGUCACCCGCAUGCCAGAGUGGCGCUGGCAACUCACCUUUGCUAACUGCCCAGCCCUGGGCACAGUACUUACCCUGCGUCUGUCUCCUCACCUGCAUUGUCCCUGUGGGAGGAGGCAUGUCCUGAAUCGCCCAUCACUGUGUACGCAGUGCCCAGCAGGGCGUGCGUGGCACAUAGUAACGCACUCCAUAAGUGGGUUUUGAAUAACACGAGCGAUGCUUAGCUUAGCUUCCCCGUUCAAGAGGAGACACAAGACCUAAUUCUUCCUUUUUUCCCUUUUGGUAGAGGAGUUCGAUUUUAUUUUGAGCCUGGAGGAAAAGGAACCAAGUUAGCCGAGAUACUUGCUGGAAUGGGCAAGACGUUACUCCAAAGACAACAGGGUGUGCGGAGGCUUGCUUGUUAGGUUCAUCUGAGGUUGUGUCCAUAGGUGGGUUUUCUGUACUUUUCUCAAUAAAACACUAAUAUCAGAGCUGGCAAGUGUUUCUUCUCCAGCAGCACUGGGUGGUGUGAUACUCCACUGCAGGUCUUUAACCUGCGGGCUGGCUGUUUACCCCGUGGCAAAUGCAGGGCUACCUCUGUCAUCUUCCUUCACAAGCAAAUACCAGGGUAUGGGGCUCUGCCUGUUAAUACCCACUGAAAUGAA